UCGUUCCGGCUGCUCUAAGCAAAAAAUGCAGAAGGGCUGCGAUAACUACGUAAAGCAACGGAGGUUCUAGCUCAGAGCAAAAGAUUUCGAUUCAACCUGUCACGUAUAUAUAUAUAGCUUACCGACGCCUACGUGCCCAUAGGUGACACUUGGUGGAGUCUCACCUUACCUCUAGAAGAGAUGGCCAGGGACCUCAAGGAGCUUGUGAACAACGUCGUCGAGGCAAACUCGCAGGAUCUCUGGGAACUGAGUCGCUUCGUCUGGGAGCAUCCGGAGCUCGCAUUCAACGAGGUCCAAUGCCACGACUGGCUCGCCGACUUUCUGGAACGGCGCGGCUUCAACGUGACGCGUCGCUACCUCCUGGACACGGCUUUCAGAGCGGAAUUCGACGCUCCUGGAGGGACGGAAGGACCCUGCGUGGCCUUGCUGUGUGAGUACGACGCGCUGCCCGAUAUCGGCCACGCCUGCGGCCACAACCUGAUCGCCGAGGCCUCCAUUGGUGCUGCGCUGGCUGUGUGCGACGCCAUGAAGAACCACGAGGACAUUCGCGGCAAACUCGUCGUGCUGGGCACGCCUGCUGAGGAAAGUGGCGGCGGUAAGGAGCUGCUGGCACGAAAGGGAGGCCUGGAGGGAGUCGACGCCGCACUCAUGGCGCACCCGUGUCCACAGGACAUCCUGAAGAUCGACUACGCUGCGACUCAGCAGCUGGCGCUGCGCUUCAAAGGCAAAGCUGCUCAUGCGGGUGCGACGCCGUGGGAGGGACUGAACGCGUUGGACGCCGCCGUCGCAGCCUACGUCAAUGUCAGCCUCCUCCGGCAGCGGCUGAAGCCCAGCAUGAGGAUUCAGGGCAUCAUCACUGAGGGCGGCAAGUACGUGAACGUGAUCCCCGAGGACACGGAGAUGCGCUUCAGCAUCCGCGCUCCGAGCAGUGAGGAGCUGGUCGAGCUUCGGCGGAAGGUGGAGCUCUGCUUCCAGGCGGCUGCUGAGGCCACGGGCUGCACCCUGGACAUCGAGAGGCAGACGUCGUACAUGAACGUCGUGCACAACACCUCCAUUGCGGAGACCUACCGGAAGCACGCCCACGCUUUCGGCGUGUCCUUCGUGGACGACGUCGUGAAGAACCUGCCGCCAUCGGGAGGUGCCACGGACUGCGGCAACGUGUCGCACCGGGUGCCCGCCAUCCACCCGUUGUUUGCCCUCCCAGGAGCCGAGGGAUCGACGAACCACACGCGAGGUUUCGCCGCCGUAGCCAACGCCGCGGACUCCCAGCCUCCCACGCUGAGGGUGGCCAAGGUCCUGGCACUGACGGCGCUCGACGUGCUAACGGACGCCGAGCUGCUGCGCGAAGCCAAGCGGGAGUUUGCCCCUCUGCAGCUUCCGUCGGAAGAGGAGCUGCAAUCCGCGCUUUCAUGAAAUGAGAGUUUUUUUGGCCGCUACGCAUGUGUUUCGGCGCAACCGCUUCAAGCUGCAUUCACGCCGACAGGUCGAUCCGGUAUACAGUUCACUUCGCCGGCGCGCGUGGCACUGCGGCUGAGCUGUGCCGCCAUGGAGGAAGGAAUAAGAUAGGAGGGAGCAUCACGUAAACGCAUCCAGCCUUGCCAAGCGAAUGCUCCGUGGAGCCCAUACAUUUGCUCAGUUGUGGCCCAGCACGUGACCUGUUGCGUCGAGAUCUCGGAGCAAGAAUCGAGAUUUACUAUGAUGUUUGGUUCCCAGUAACCAUGUCACUAGCUUUUAUUCGGUGCGCGCUGGUUCGGCUGCCCUGCCGUGGCUCUGCCUGCAGAGCGGGAACUCUAAAACCAACCGCGCACUUUGACGUGCGAUCGCGUUUUGGGCCGACAGGCUUGGCUUCAAUAGCGCUGCGGCAUGCUCCCUCCUGUUAUUUCCUUCCUCCACGGCUGCGACGAAUCUGGCCGUAGUCAGUGCUCGCCUCCAGAGUGCUGCGUCAUGCGGUCGCGCCGCGGGCCACGUCACGUUCGUCCUCGGAACGCGAUUGGCUGUUCAGUCAGUCGUUGCCGCAGUUGGAGUGGAGACCACGCGCGCUACUGCGUGCGCUCGAGGGGGCUAUUCCAACCUAUCGCCACAGUUCACUGGCUCCUCGGUGCACUUGUUCAAACACCUGGUGUAUGUUCCCAAAUUAUGAUCCUAACGUUUGACGGAAAUUUAAUGGCCGUGUCUUGUGCAUUUGAUGCUAUGAACGAGCAAGCGACGCAUCCCCUUUCCGGUUUCUCCAGCUCCCGACGAUUUGAAUACGAAGCGCAGCUAACUGUCCGAAAUUAUCGAAGGUGCGCGUCAUUUCCUUACUGACACGUGGGAAUACACGAA